UUAAAUGAGUUAUGUGUGUGUUCAGACAUCUCCAGUUUUAAUGGGAGGAGAGAAAGAGAGCUAGACGUAAAGUAAAGUACUCCUUUCGCUUAAACUCCUCCUAUACUCUUGAGAUAUAUAACAGUGUCAAGACUGAAACUCUGCACUCGUCUAAUCUGGUGAAAUACUGUCGAGUGUUUCUGUGAUCCUGCAGUCGAAGAGGACAAACCACAGCAGGCCACUCAAGUCCUCACAUUCUUCUGCGAUUUCCUAUUCUCAACCCUUCAGAAUGAAAGAGAUUUACUAAUCCACACAAAUUUCUUUCUUUUCUUAAAGACCCAUCGGAGCUUCAGAAUAUCACAGAACCCUCAGACGUUUGACAUGCAGGGCAGCAAGAACAUCGAGGGAUGGAGCUCACAAAUCCAUCCUGCUCUCAUUGCAUCCUUCAUCUUCCUCUGCUGUCUGGAGGCUUGUUUCUGGUUCAGGAAUCAAAGAGUAAGGAAGAGGCUUCCAGGGCCCUUUGCUUGGCCGCUCGUUGGUAACGCCAUGCAACUCGGCCCAAUGCCCCACAUCACCUUUUCCAAACUGGCUAAGACGUACGGAAACGUUUAUCAGAUCAGACUGGGAAACAGCGACGUUGUGGUCCUGAACGGUGAAGCGGUCAUACGUGAAGCGCUGCUACAACAUGCCGCAGAGUUUGCCGGCAGACCGAACUUUGUGUCUUUUCGCUCAGUAUCUGGAGGAAAUGGGAUGACGUUCAACAGUUACAGCAAACGGUGGAAGAUCCACCGUAAAAUAGCUCAGUCCACCAUCCGUGCCUUUUCUUCAGCAAAUAGUCAAACGAAAAAAGCCUUUGAGAUGAACAUCACCGCUGAGGCUGUGGAAUUGAUUCAGACGUUUUUGAAACUAAGUUCAAAGAACCAAUAUUUCAAUCCCUCUAACGUACUGAUCAUUGCAGCUGCUAACAUCAUUUGCGCUCUUUGUUUUGGGAAACGUUACGGACACGAUGACCAAGAGUUUAAAGCUCUCCUGUGCAGAGUAAAUAAAUUUAGCGAGACGGUAGGUGCUGGAAGUUUGGUGGAUGUUAUGCCCUGGCUGCAGUCUUUUCCCAAUCCUGUUAGGAAUGUUUUUCAGACCUUUAAAGACCUCAACAAAGACUACUUUUCUUUCGUCAGAAGAAAAGUCAUGGAACACAGGCAAACCUUUGACCCCAAAGUCACCAGGGACAUGAGCGAUGCCAUUAUUGGUGCGAUGGAUCAUGCGGACGCAGAGACCGGUUUGACCGAAGCCCACACUGAGGCGACUGUGGCUGAUCUCAUCGGAGCGGGGCUGGAGACCGUCUCCACCACGCUGCACUGGAUGCUGCUUCUGCUGGUCAAAUAUCCGUCGAUCCAGAGCAAACUCCAAGAGGAGAUCGAUAAAGCGGUGGGUCGUGACAGACUCCCCUCGAUUGAAGACAGAAGUAACCUGGUCUAUCUGGACGCGUUCAUCUACGAAACCAUGCGCUACACCAGCCUUGUGCCGGUCACCAUACCUCACUCGACCACCUCAGACGUGACCAUCGAGGGUCUUCGCAUCCCCAAAGACACCGUGGUGUUCAUCAAUCAGUGGUCGGUCAAUCACGACCCUCAGAAGUGGCGAGACCCUCACAUCUUCAAUCCGUCACGGUUCUUGGAUGAGAACGGAGAUCUGGAUAAGGACUUGACCAACAACGUGAUGAUUUUCUCUGUUGGGAAGAGAAGAUGCAUUGGAGAGCAGAUCGCCAAAGUAGAAGUUUUCCUGAUUGUUGCCACAUUACUGCAUCAGUUGAGUUUUGAGCGUGACCCUGCACAGGAUUUGACUUUAAACUGCUCUUAUGGUUUAACAUUGAAGCCUUAUUUUUAUCAAAUUUCUGUCAAGCCCAGAGGAAGUUUAUUACCAGAGGUGUGAAAAAAUUGUAAGGUUUAUAUAUAUCUAUCACUCCUUUCAGCAUAUAAACUCAUGACAGGAGCUGUUUUAUAUACAUUUCUAUUUGGAAAUGCCAAGAACAAUCAAAGUGUAUCUUAAGGGUUGUUUGUAAGAAUGAAACUCAAAUGUACAUCAUUUUUAGAAACCAGUAUUCUGUUGUAAAUACAAAUGAUUUUUAAAUGGUGAAGCUGACAAAAUGCAUUUUCUUUUUAAAUAAACAUUGUCUUUUAUAUAAUAAAAUCUUUAUAUUUACACCCUUAAUAAUGUUAUUUGCAAAAAUAAAUAUGGUGUUAAGUUCA